ACAUACACCUUCACACUUAACGCGUGUCAGUACAAAUAGCUGCUGUAAGUUAAUGUAAAGCUUAAUCUGGUAUUGUCAGCCACAAUUGUAACAAGUGUUAAGAAUUAUCUGCAUCAGUUAUAAGACGUUGCUAUCAUUUCUUUAUAAGUAAAUAUAUUUCAUCGUUGUAUCACAUUCGACCAAGGAAACACACGGACAUUUUUUUCCCUCUACAUUAUUUAUAUACCCGUAAUAAGAUUUUCAACGAAUAAACUGCAUAUUACGUUACGAAAACCGAACAUUAUAAUGUCGCGCACAAAGAAUAUGUCACCAUAUACCCUACUACAUUUAUUACUUGUACUCGUCGUCGUGUACUACGUAGAAGGACAUGCUCGUCUCCUGCGACCCCCAUCGAGAGCUUCACUAUGGCGUUUUGGCUAUAAUGUGAGAAACAACAAUUACAAUGACAACGAAGGUUACUGCGGUGGAAGAGAGGCGCUUAUUCACAAAUACAAUGGAUUAUGUGGCGUCUGUGGAGACCCGUGGGAUCAAAAUCCACGGGACCAUGAAAGGGGUGGAAAAUAUUAUGAAGGAUUCAUAACAGCAAAUUAUGAGGAAGGAUCAACAAUUACAGCUGCAGUACAAGUAACUGCUAAUCACAAAGGUUAUUUUGAAUUUCGAAUCUGCCCUUACGAUAACCCUAAAGCUGGUGAUAUUGAAUAUUCAAAUGGAAGCGAUUUUGUUGAAGUUAGUCAAUCGUGUUUGAACAAACAUCUGUUAACCAUCGGUGAAACUAAUGACACCAAAUAUUACAUCCCACACACAUCACCAGUUAUGCUUAAUAAUAUCUCCCUCAAACUACCAAGUGGUGUGGUCUGCAACAAAUGCUUAUUCCAAUGGACGUACAUAACCGGUAAUAGCUGGGGUCGGUUUCCAAACGGAACGGCUUGCAUUGGAUGUGGGCUACAAGAAACAUUUAAAGCUUGCUCUGAUGUUAUCAUCAACCCCAAAUCGAACGGUAGCACGACGUCAACGCCACCUGCAUCCACACAGUCUACCACAAAGUCACCAAAUACCGAACAGAGCACAGAACAGAGCACAGAACUACUCAGCAAUUCGCCGACAACUGAAGGAACAAAAUGGAGAGCAACAGAUGCAUCCCUGACAACACUAGGCAAAUGGACUCGAAUUCUGACAAGCAGCCUUGGUACGACUACCAGUCUAGAAGCAGAUGAACCUACAAAAGCUGAAACUGAUAGCUGGUACAGCUCGAAGUUUAGUGCAACAGCAAAGACAGCAACAACAACAACAGAAGCAGCAACAACAACACCAACACAAGCACCAACAAGAAGAACCACAAUUAAAACACGGAAAUGUCAGGCUGUUGGUGUCUGGAGAAGAGUUCCAGGAAUACCUACAUGGUGUAUUAAUAAUUGUAGGAUGGGAUAUUGUCCUGCGAGUCACUGUUCACCUGGAUGUAAAAAUAUUUAAUAAUUUGGAGUUUUCACUGGUUAUUUAAAUGUAGUUAUUCAUGAAUGUCUUUUAAAAAGAUUUUAUUCACUCAUAUAAAUAAGUAAAAAUUGAUUUGCUUAUGAUGAUUUGAACCUAUGAUACUUUCAAUAUUAUUAGAAAGCUGCAAUUAUUAACACUAAAUCAGCUUUAUGGACUCAUCAGAAUAUCAUUUUUUUUUUUAUUUACUUCAAAAAAUUGUUUCCAUUCAACAACAAAAAAAAUUUUUUGUCUUACAGAAUUUGAAGCAUAUGUUUCAAGAAUACAAUUUUCAAAUUUUUCUUUGGUGUGGAAAAGAGAAGAAUAACUUAAUUUAUAUAUUAAGUUGUUCUGUUGCUUGUUGCAAUGAAAUUGGUUUCCAUAUUAUCCCUGCCAAGUUGAUAGUUAUCAACCUGUUUUUUGUAUUAUGGAUUCAAUUGUUGCAUUGAUGAUGAUUCUUAUAAGUAUUAACAAUCACAAACUCAUUUCAAACAGUUGUAAAUGAUUGAACUGAUUGUAAAAGGAAUGUGAUUUUUAUUAACAUCAUUAUGACAAGAUGACACCAAGACAGAGAAAUCAAUUGGCAUCAGAAAUGAUGUAUGAGAAAAAUGCUCCUAUUUAAGUUCAAAAUUGCUGUUUGAUAUCAUCUAUGUUGAGAUGCAAGCAGUUGUUGUACUUUAUCUUUUCCUACAAUUUCACAUUCAUUGAUUUCUCAAUCAUUGGGUGCUAAAUGUGUUACCCACUUGCUUUCUCUUCUUUUGUAAGAGUAUCUAUUUUCUGCUAUGUUAGCUUAAAUUAUAUUGCAAAAAUAUAUAAUUCCUGCAUCAAGCUAUAAAUAUUUGACUGACUACUUAGAAGUGAACCCCCUCAGCUAUAUAAUUACUUAAGAUCUUAACAGGAAUAAAGAAGAGAAAAAUUCCAUGUUUUUUCAUGUGAUAAAAUAACUUGCAAAAGAAACCUCUCUUAUUUAGUAUUGUAAACAGAACAUAUAUUCUGUUUACAAAAGACACCAAUAAGUCUCUACAACUGAAAAAUUUUCCAGAUGCUAUGAAAUAAGUCCUAUAAUUUUUUGGUUCAGAGUUAAAAAUUUUGAUUAAUGUUGAGUCCAGGAUAGAACUUUAUAUGGCUAAUAACAAUGUUAAAUCCAAAACUAUUGGUAACACGUUAGCAAGUUAAAUGUUAAUAAUACAUUAAUUACAACUUGUAAUGAAUAUAUGUAUAUAUUGGCAAAAGAGGAACCAUGAUUCUGUAGACAAAAAAAAAA